AUGAAUGAUAAUGAAAUUGAAAGCCUUAAAACAGAAUUGGAACAUGAAAAAAGUUGCAGAGAAGCCGCAGCGUGGCAAAACAAUGAAAUAGAAAAGCAAAUAGUUUCUAUGCAAGAAGAAUUACGAAAAAAUGACUAUCCCUGGAAUAAAGAUGAUGAAUUACAAAAGGAAAGUGAAAGACAUAAACAGUUGCUGGAUGCUAUAGAAACUUUGAAAGAACAAUUACCUAUUUUAAAAGAGAGAAUCAAGAAUGCUAAAGCUUGCGGACCAGAUUGUAAACUCAAACACGAUGACCUAAAUAUUAACCUUGAUAUUCUAACACCCGCUGAAUUAUUGCGCACAGUGAAGAGAUUUGAAAGAUUGAAAACAGACCUGAUAAGUACACUGCGUAGUAGGGAGUGGCGUUUGGAUUCAGAGUCUAAGCUUUUCGUCCGAGUGAACGAUCAAAGAACGUACUUACAGAACGAGCUAAUGAUAUGCCAUAACAAUAUAAUGCGCCUCCAGAAGAACGGCUCGUUUUGGCAGCAUAUUCCCCGCAAGAACGACGAGAGAAUUUUGGACCCAAACCGAGGACCGAUAAAGAAAAUAUUUUGCAAAGACCGUCUUCCUCCGAUUGCUACAUAG